CAGAGGAGAGCGUGCACACUUUUUUUGAGCCCCUGCACGGGAGGCGUGGAGCUCUAACUUUUGACAUUCUCUCAGCAGUAGCUUCUCAAGCAGACUAGCGAACUCUUAUGACAUCACCCAGUCAUCGAAUGGGAGAAGAAGAGAAAAUCUCAAUGUGUAUGAACAAUGUUUUCGUACAGGACGAAGAAUUUGGGGAAAUGAAUUGACUUUGAGUAUAAGACAGUUCUUUAAUGUGAUUAUAUUCAAACCGCCGCGUGGGAAUACUUUGCUUGGAUAACACAGGAUCGUCACUUCGACAAAAGUACAUCACCAACGAACAGAGACGAAAUGUAAAACUAUUGCUGCAUUCCUGGCCAUUUUUCACAGCCCUCUCCUGCAUUCUGGAACAGACCGAAUAGAAAGCGAGGAGACGGUUUCAUUCGACUAGAUUUCUUGCCUAUGGACGACAGUGGUCCCCUCUCUCCAAAGGCAAAUGCUUUCAGUAUUGCCUCUCUGAUUUCAGCUGCGGAGCAAGCAGGAAACGCAACAUUUGACAAACACGGCACUGGUCUGAACAAGCAAGACCAGCAUAACUGCUACAGUUCCUUAAAAAUGCACUACAGCACUGUCACGAGGGAGAUGGAAGCAAUAUCCAGCCCGUGGCUCACGCAGCUGUCCCAUUUUUGCGAUGUUGCAGCCUUCACGACGAGCAGCAUAAGCAGCCUCAACACACCAGGGAGUUUCCACCUCUCUCCUUCCCCGGGGGAUCCUUACGGUCAACAUGAAACCCACUUUGAGCCCUGCCCGGCCGCUCAACACAGUUACAACUACUCGGGGUCGAACCAGACCCAGGCCCAGCAAAGCGACACCGGGACAUCCAACUGCUCCUCCUCCUCGUCGAGCUCUACACCGAACAGCAAGUCUUUGGUGAAAAAAAAUCCUAAAGUGGCCAACAUUAAUGUUCAGUUGGAGAUGAAAGCUUUAUGGGAUGAAUUUAAUCAACUUGGAACGGAGAUGAUCGUAACCAAGGCUGGAAGGCGCAUGUUUCCAACGUUUCAAGUGAAGAUAUUUGGGAUGGAUCCCAUGGCAGAUUACAUGCUCCUAAUGGAUUUCCUACCUGUCGACGACAAACGAUAUAGGUAUGCUUUUCAUAGCUCCUCGUGGCUGGUCGCCGGUAAAGCAGACCCUGCAACCCCCGGGAGAGUGCACUACCAUCCGGAUUCCCCCGCCAAAGGCGCACAGUGGAUGAAGCAAAUAGUCUCAUUCGAUAAACUCAAACUCACCAACAAUCUACUGGAUGACAAUGGGCAUAUAAUUCUAAACUCCAUGCACCGAUACCAGCCGAGGUUCCACGUUGUCUAUGUCGACCCUCGGAAAGACAGCGAGAAAUAUGCAGAGGAAAAUUAUAAGACUUUUGUUUUUGAGGAAACAAGAUUUACGGCCGUCACUGCCUACCAGAAUCACCGGAUCACGCAGCUGAAGAUCGCCAGUAAUCCGUUCGCCAAGGGCUUUAGGGACUGUGAUCCGGAAGAUUGGCCCAGAAAUCACAGACCAGGCUCUCUGCCAAUAAUGAGUGCUUUUGCCAGAACAAGGAACCCAAUGUCGUCUCCCCCACAACAGAACGGCUCUGAGAAAGACGAUAGGAGGGACUACGACCGAGACCCCAGCGGCACACCCAUCCACGCCGACCCCGCUCACCAGCUGAUGUCCCGUGUUCUUAGCCCCGCCCUCCCCGUUCCCGGAGGGCUCCACGGCGUGCCCCUCAGUGGGGGGCGCCCCAGCCCCCCUCACGACCUCCGCCAGGACGGACACACCCUCCCCCCGGACACCCUGCACCACCACCCUUACAAGUACCCCACCACCUACGAACAUUACCUGGGGGCGAAAACCAGGCCCUCACCCUACCCCUUGCCCGGCAUCCGAGGACACACGUACCACCACCACAUGAAUCCUGCUACGGCUAACAUGUACUCGACCAGCUCCCCGGCUAACUACGACUACGGGCCCAGAUAAUGACUGUGUUCUGGGUUGCUGCCCACCACAUCUGGGCUGCGGCUAACUGCCCCAGCUGGAAGCAAACGUGCAGGAAAACAACAACUUUUCUCUAGCUGCCUUCUGCAGCCGUGUGAGCUGCGUUCAAGGGCGCAGGCAUGUUUCUUGUUGCUGGCUGAUGCAGAAAGAAAGAGAAAGAGUGAGAGAGAGUGAGAUGGGGGAGAAACUUUAUUUAUUUAAAGGAAACAUAUCUUCACAGGAUGUGCAGACUGGUCCUUCGAGCCCGAGAAGAGAUCUUCUUUAGCCUUUGAACUCUGACAGCGUUAAGCUCUGUCAGGGCCCUACUGGUCUGGGCAGAGCUGCAGACAUUGAGCCAGCUAACAGAGAAGGCAGGAGGCUUCUCUCUUAAACAUGGAUGGUGCAUUAUCACGGACUGGAAUUGCAAUUUUUUGUGUGUGUUGGAUGCACUUUUUUUGUUUUUAUGUUGCUUUAAAACAAAGCCAUACGUUAUAUAGUCAAACAAGCUUCUAGAUAGACAAGAUAUUUGCAUGUUGAGGGUGUAGUAGGUGUCGGCCCUGAAAUGUUUUUGUUUGAGAUUGAAAAAAAAAAGUUUGAUAUUUUGGACGCUUUUGACCAUCGUGAGCAGCUCUGAGAAGCUUGUACCAUGGCACUGACUUGUAGCAAUUCUAAGUAAAUAAAGAAGCAGAAUGACUGUUCUGUAACUGUAAAAUAAAUAUUAACUUCUUUA